UGAUAUCGACCAAGAUGAUGACCGGGGCCGACGACGACGAGUACUCGUCGCCGAUGCCACUCAAGAGCGAGAUCUACAAGGACGACGCCGAUGGCGGAAGCGACCAUGACGGCGAUGCUGGCGCGGCGAGCGAUGUGUCUGAGCCCAUGCACGAGCCGUCGCGCCGGCCUCGACGGUUCCGCGUGCUUCGAUCGCACGGCGACGCGCGGCCACGCUUUGCCUUUCGCCGCCGGCGCGAGGCCGACGGCGACCACACGUUCUGGAACUUUGUGCUUCUUUUGAGCUUCUUGUCGCUCGCCGUGCUCAUUGCGAUAGCGAUCUUCCUUGCGCAAACCGACUUUUUUGUCGAGCACCAAGUCGACCUUCUCGGCACGUACGUCGACGAACACUUUACCGUCGUUUCAACCGAGACGGCGUCCGUGUACCUCAAGAACAACGGCCACGCGCCCGCGACCGCGAGCAUUGCGCUGGAAGACGGCACGAUGCGCAUUGGACAGUACAAGCGAAUUCCGUCCGACGACGCGGACGGUGACGACCUCGCGCCGCGCUUCCAUGGUGUCGAGGUCUUUGGCAACGGCACGGUCACCUACUCGAACGGCCUUGUCGCACCCAGCGUCCAAGCUGCAACCGUACAUGCCGGCAAUGUCAUCUUUAAAGAUGGGACGACCAUGACGACAGCGGCCGACGUCAGCGGCGGGCUCGUCCAAGCCGGCGACUUGAACUUUGCGUCGCAGAAGGGCGCGAUCGUGGCGAGUACGAGCGGGCAGCAGCGACUCCGCGUCAACGCCGACGGCGCCGUGUGUUUUCCGAAUCCAGACGCCGUGCCACCCGAGGACCCGUCGGCGCUCGGUAUCACGAUCGACGGCCGCCUUGGUCGCAUCGCGCUCGGUGCCCACUUGGUGCUCCACGCCGACAAGACGACCGCAGGUCUCCAGGCCACGACGCCGCUGACGCUCGAAGCCCAUGAGCUCGUGCUGGGCCGCGACGGCGCGUCGUCGGUGCGCGUCAUGCCUCGGAGUUCGUCGUCCCAAAUUCGCUUGGAGCUCGUCGGGCAGUCGGCGGCCGAUGCGGGCGGCGACGUGCUGGUCUCGGGUGGCCCCGGCGCCGUUGGCGGGACCGUCACAAUCCAAGGCGGCGUCGGCUCGACCCGCACGCUUGGUCACGUCGCCAUCAACACGGACGAGCACGUGAUGACAACGACGAGCAUUGGGAGCAAUCAACCGGACAGCCACGUCAAGCUGUCGGGGGCUCUUGCGCUCAAUAGCGGUUCGAACGAGCUCCCAACCUCGAUCGGUGGCGCGGUUGCCGUCGCCGGCGCGUCGUUUGCAGUCGGGUCCACGACGGUGCAUCUUGGCAGCGCCAAGACGACGACCGACGUAGCCGUUGCUGCCACUGCCAUUUCGCUGACGAGUGCCAAGACACUCAACGUCACGGCGGAGAGUAUGGGCCUUCGCGCCGUGUCCAUGGCACUUGGUGCGGCAUCGACGCUAGCUCUCGAGGCCACAACGCAGCUGCAGAUGACCACCGGUAUGUUGACGAUGCAUGCCACCGAGGUGCACAUCAACAGUCCCGCGUCGUCGUCCAGCAGCAGCGUCGAGAUCCAUGGCAGCAUUGCGCUCGGUGCCAACGCAGGCUUUCGCAAGCACGUCAACAAGACCAUGGUGGCGCUCGGUGGCUCAGCCGUCCUUCUCGGCGAUCCUACGGACACGAAUUACGUAUCGCUGGCGGCCGCACAGAGCAUUACCGUAGCUGUGAACGGCUCGUCGCUUGCGAUCGCGUCAGGACCCAACCAGAUGGUGGCGCUGGCGGCCCCCACCGGUAUGACACUAGGUGUUCCGGAUGCACCGGCCAUGAUACUGGCGUCCAAGGCCGUACAUAUUCAAGCCAAUCAGAUUCAAAUCGGCGACGCUAGUCUCUCGACCCAAGUGCAUUUGGAUGGCAACAUCUUUGUCAACGGGGUCGAGUGGCAUGCGCGUCGACGUCUAGAUGCCGAGACAAGUAGCGCGCUUCUCCUUUGGCAGAGCACGAGCGGCAGCAUGGCCGUUGACAUUCGCACACGCCAAGAGUUCCGACUUGCCUUCACGUCGUACAUGGACCAUUCGAUGGAAGCGCCCGCGCCGUUCGCGGACAGCGCGUUUGUUGUGACGUACCCGAGCCCUCCGCCGACACCGUAUGUGCAGCUGGCCAUGAGCAUCCAUGGGCUCCGCGCGCUCACCACCUCGGCCAUCUCGACGCCGCUUCUACUCCGCUGUCGCCUUGUGCAAACCUCGUUUGACGCGAUGGGACGCCGCGCUACAGUGCUUUUGGAAGCCUCUACCGACGUGGACGUGUGCUCGGGCGACGACGCGAACGAGUGCAUGGCCGACGACAUUGCCCCGUCGCUGCACACAUUCUCUGUCCAGCCCUAUGCGGCGUCCACGCAGUAUACGAUGACCUGUGCCUUGCGCUUCAAGCGGCCGCAUGCUGCGCUUGACGCGACUCUCUCGCUGCACUACGAUCGCGCAGAGGUGACGGCGCGUCGUCUAUAACUA